AUGGCCAGAAGUUGCUUGAACUUCUUCGUUUCAUGGUCCCUACUGACACUUGUUGCUGGUGCCACUCACAGUCGCACCGGGGAUGAAGCCUGCAGUGGAGAGAAGAACUUGGCUCAAGAGGUGGCUUCCUGUUUCGCAGGGGAAGCCUUGGGAGAGAGCGUGUAUGUCAAAGUCUUGGCUUACAAUGCCACUGCCAAGGAGGGUACGAUGCAGCUUCGCGGCAGCGGCGUCUCAGAGACUGCAUGCGAGACCCAGUUUUCCCAGCAGGCCCAGGCAAUCAAUCUGUACCAAGUCUGCCUGCCAAGUGGUGUGAGCUCUAUCACGAUGAAGUAUUGCUCCGAUCAGGACUCUUUUCUGCUGCAAGCCAUGGUUGGAGGUUUUCAGACAAACCUCUUUCUGGAGAAGGCAUCCUGCAGCAAUGAGGCCCUACUGGCGCAGCCUUUGAUGAGACGAGACAGCACAGUGAAGCACCAUUCCUUGCAAGCUCCCGCCUGA